AGGUUAUAUUUACAGGAAACAAUAUUUAUGUGGAGAUUGGAGAAUUCAACUAUUUUAAGUUCAAUUUAAUAAUACACGUAAAAAAUGCUUUGAUAAAUAAACUUUACAAAAUAAAAUUGCAAUGGUUUUGAAACAAUUGGAUUGGGCUUCAGUGAAAAAUCAAUUCAAGCAAACAUGGCUUACUACAUUGCUGAGUAUGGUUUUGUUUGCAGGAGUUACUUAUUUUCUAAUAUGGGCUGAGAGCCAAACUAUAAGAAGUAAUCUGAUGCUAGAAGAGCUAGUUUCGGCUGCAGUGACUGUAGACGUGCACUCUGAUGACGAGGUUAGCAGACUAGAAGGCAGAGUGGUGCACACUGUGGGUCCUUUACGGAUCCUGGAGCCAAUCACUGAGCCUGAUUACAAUAUUCAGGUCCAAGCCGUCAAGUUACGGAAAAGGGUACAAAUGUACCAGUGGAUUGAGGAAACUUCGGAUCAAGAACACUUCCUGACAGAGCCAGGUGACGAGUCACAGAAGACAUACUGGUACCACAAAGACUGGAGAGACUAUGUAGUGGACUCCAACCUGUUCUACAUCCGGCCCGGACACGAGAACCCGACUUCCAUGCCCCUGUUCAGUGAGACCCAUGUGGCUGACUAUGUCAAGAUUGGAUGGCUUAACUUAGGUCUGGAUGUAAAAAGGAAAGUGAAUGACUACUACGAGAUCUGGUCAGACUCCCGGCCGGAGCGCACUGACAUCAAGCUCCACUCCGGGUUCUACUUCCACGGCGACAGUGCCCUCGAGCACGAGAUUGGAGACUUGCGGGUGCACUUCUCUUAUGCUGGCAGAGAAGAGGAUAUUUACACAGCAGUAGGCCUAGUCGAGGCCGGCACCAUCCAGCCGUACACUGCGCCGAGCUUCCCCUCAGCUGACCCCAUCUCCCUGCUCCGGAAAGGCUCGUUCAGUCUGCAGCAGCUGCACGACCUGGAGCGGAGGGACGCGAAUGUUCACACCUGGAAGUACCGGUUCCUCGGCUUCAUCCAGGUCUUUGCGUCCGCCAUGACCUUGCACCCGGAUUGGGUUCCAUUGUUCCUGCAGUGCACCUGGGUGUCGAAUAAUCUCAGGCGAUGCAGCAGAGUCUGGGUUAAUUUCGUCCUCUCAGUUUCUUACACACUGUUUAUCGUGUCUCUACCCUGGCUGGUCCACAAGCCUAUGUUCGGCUUGCUAGUGCUCUGCCUCGCGGCGGCGCCGGCGCUGCACUACUCCACGGCACUAGCUCGCCCCGCCCCCCGCGAACCCCGCGACCCCCGCGCCCCCACGCGCUGGCAUAACGACUACCGCUGAAGUGAUAAACGAAGAUAUAUAGUGAAAUUGUGAAUACUAACAAGAGCAGGGGUGAUCGUAGGGCUGAGAUGUAAAGGUUGGAUUUUUUGUUUAAAUAUUAUGUGGAGUGUGAGGAGAUGUGUGUUUUGCUGACAGUACUUAUCUACCAAUUUUGUAAGGAGUAAAACUCAUCUAUGUACAAUAAUUUUUAAUUGAAAAUUUACUUAUGGCCGUCAUGCAUGAGUGCAUAACAGUGAAAAUGAUAAUUAUUUAAACUUCUCUAGUCAAAUUAGAUAGCUUAAAUAUAAGUGGAGAUGUACAUCAUAUAAAUUAGUAUCUAUCUAAGCCCCCUUCCAAUUAUAAUAAUAUUAAUUAUCGGAAUCAUCAUCAUCAUAGAACCAAGUCAAGUAGUCCGUAUACCUGUGAAUUUAAUCAAAUAAAAAAUAACGUACCUACCUAAUCAUAAGUAUGAGUUUAUGAACGUGUACUAACCUGUAAUGUACAUAAUUGAAUCAACUUGGUUGCCAAAGUAUAAUUAUAAAGUGUGAAUGUAACUUAAAAUGUACAUGAAUACGGAUGUAAAAAUAUGAAAUGCAAUAGAAAUAAAAAUAUUUACUCUUUAUUUAUAAAUUU